CGCGUGUUCAUUCAGUUUACUGGUAAAGUGAACAGUGCAGACUCUAGUCUAUUUCGCGCCCAAGAAACUGCUUCCUAUCAGGUAGACCUCUAGACAGGCCUGCCAGUGGAGAUGUCUAAAGCGCCAGAUUGCCCCGCAAGGACCCGCUCCAGAUCCAAGUCCAGGUCCAGGUCUUGCACACGGUCUCGUUCCAGAAGCCGCUCCCGCUCCAGAUCCAGGAAGCACCGCUACAGUUCUAGGUCACGUUCCCGCUCCAGAUCUCACUCUCCGUCCCAUGGCAGGAACUAUCCCACCAGAGACUACCAGAACAAUCGGGGUUACCAGAGGGGCUACAACCGUGGCUUCCGCAGACCCUUUUACUUCCGCGGUAGAACCCGGGGCUUCUACCCUCGCCAUGGUUACCAGAGAGGAGGUAACAGCUACGGCUACAGAGCCAACAACUGGCAGGGGGGGGGCUACCGGGACGGGCCGCCCCACGACCAGGACCAACACGGUCCUCACAGCCCCAGAAGAGGGAGAUCUCGGUCCCGCACGCCCCGGAAACGCUCCGGCAGCCGCAGCCACUCCAGGUCUCGAUUCUCCGACCGUUCGUCCUCCAGGGGUUCCCGACGGUCCCGGCGGCGCCACAGCUCCUCUUCCCGCUCCUCUUCCCCGCGGAAUCGCCGCAGCAGCCCCGGCUCAGGGAAGCCUGGCUCUAAAGAUGUAAAGGACAAGACUACGCCAGCAGAGGUCAAGGAGGAGAGGGGAGAGGCUGGGGAGCAGGCAGGGGGAGAAGGCAGCAGCCAUGAUAAGGCCUCUGCUGGGAAAUGGCAGGGUCUGAGUGACUAUAACACCAGCCCCAAACGUAGCAGUCCGGCUGUUGGUGCCAAACAGGGGAAGUCAGAUCCCAAAGGGUCAUUGUGGAGAACCAUGGGCAGCACUGGCAGUGUUCCCUCUACCAAGAGCCCACCAGGCGCCACCAAGGCCGGGCCGACUGCCUCCACCAGUGGGUUUGGUUUCUUUGGCAAGGAGGAUCCCACCAGAGCAGACGAUAAGACUGCUAUUUCCUCUGCUUUCAAAAAGUUCUUGGCAGAAAACAAGAACAAAAAGCAGCAGCAGGCGGCGGAGUGGGAGAAUGGCCAAGACGGAGACAGCAGAGAGAAAGGGAACAGCAAGAUUGGAGGAGGCCUCUUCAACAUAACAGCAGCCUCCUUCAGCUCAAAGGCCGAUAAGUCCCUGCCCUUCUUGGAAAGAGCCGAAGAGGCCUUCCUCAAGUCUCAGGCUGCUGAAAGAGAGGAGGAGGAGGAGGUGGUCAAGCCCAAAGGAGCCACCCUGACGACACGGGAUGUGUUUGGGAAGUGGGAAGACGAGCCCCAUUACUACCCCCCGGGGAAGGACGAGGAGAGACGGAGAGAUACGGCCGAAGACGUGGAUGAAGACCUGGAGCACAUGGAGGAGGAGCUCUACCGCAGCCGCAAGCAGGCCUCCAAGAAAGAAGAGAAGUCCAAGAGGAAGGAGAAGAAGAAAGAGAAAGAGAAGGAGAAGAGCAGCAGGAGGAGUCCAUCUCCCGUCAGCGCAGCAGUGCCCCCUAGGGGUUCAGGCAGCGGGGAGGACAGGCCCUUGGCCCUGUUCCCCAUCAAUAGGUUGGAGUCACACCUAGCCCGGCCCUCUGGGAAGAGGGAGGGCUUGGAGCACAGUAUCAACACAUUUGAUGAAAUGCCCAGCUCCUCUGGAAGUCUGACUAAGGAGCGUGGUAUGUCCAGGGAUCUGGUGCAUCCCAGUAAGAAAGAUUCCGGACAGUUCCGCUCCAUUUUCCAACACAUACAGGCUGCUCAACUCCAACGCAGCCCCUCCGAGCUGUUUGCGCAGCAUAUUGUCACCAUUGUGCAUUACAUCAAAGCACAACACUUCCCCUCUUCAGGCAUGACUUUAAGUGAGCGAUUUGCCAUGUACCAAAGAAAAGCAGCUGAGAUGGAAUUGAUGAAACAAAGGAAGAGUCCAGAAAUCCACAGGAGAAUCGAUGUCUCCCCCAGUGCUUUUACCAGACACUCUCACCUGCUUGAGGAGCUGGAGGAUUGCAGCUACAAGGAUCGGGGUAGAACAGCAAAAACUGACCCAAUGGACCUGCGUCUGGAUAUAGAGCGCCGUAAAAGGUUUUCUGGGAAGGAGCCUGGGCAACGGGACAGGGGCAAGGGCUCCCAAGGACCUAGCCAAGAGAGGUCCUCAGAGAAAUCUUCCAAACGCCACAAGAAAUCAAAAAAAAACAAGAAGAAUCGUGAUCGCUCUCCGUCCUCCUCCUCUUCCUCCUCCUCUCCCUCUCCCUUCAGAGGAGGGUUUAGAGGUAAAGACCACAUGAUGGGGGAGGAGAUGGAGCAUAUGGACCAGGGCUACAGUAAGCCUCGCUUCGGGUCACGCGACUAUGAGGGCCCCAUGGAUAGGGGUCCGCCCCGGGGCUAUGAGGGCCCCAUGGAUAGGGGUCCGCCCCGGGAUUAUGAGGGCCCCAUGGAUAGGGGUCCCCCUCGGGAUUUUGAGGGCCCCAUGGAUAGGGGCCGAGGACGUGGAAGUGGUGGAGGUUUUCUUCCCAGACUCAGAGGAGGAAGGGGCUGGAAUAGGGGCAAUUACCAAGGUAACACAAGCAGCAAUGGCAACCCCCCUCCUAAUAUGAACACUGCCCCCCCAGAGCGCCCUCCAGAUGAGGACUGGGACCCAGAGUACACCCCCAAGAGCAGGAAAUACUACUUUCAUGAUGACCGUGAGGAUGAGAAGACCUGGCUGGAGAGCAGUGGCCGAGGGGUCUUUCCCCACAGCAGGGGUCGCUUCAUCUACCGCAAGGGGGGCAGAAGCCCAAACAAGUGGACUCAUGACUUGUUCCAGACUGGGGAGGAGGGGGGCGGGAACAAGGAGGAGGAGCACCACACAGAGAUGGACCAGAAAGACGACAACCAGGCCGCCGUAGACCCCUCAGCUUCCUCCAAACUGUAGUAGAGGACUAGGCCCUGUAACCUCUCUUGCUCCUCCUCCUCCAUCCUCUUGCUCCUCCUCCUCCAUCCUCUUGCUCCUCCCCUUGCUCCUUCUCCUCACCCAUCCUCUACCACCAGAGCUUUCUGUCCAUUUGUGAGAGGUCAUCUGAUCCUCUGAGAUCAUCUCUGUGUAGGCUAUAGGAGCCUGAACCCUGGUUACGUGCCUGGCCCUGCACACAGUCAUAUCAGAAUGUACAUGAUACACUGGUCUUUGUAUUGUUGAGCCAGUGCCACUUUCAGUAAGUUGUGAAAGAGAUGUUGAAUUGAACUUGAAUUAAGAGCAAUACUUUUUUUCUUUUUUUAAAUUACUACCAGUAAUUUGUCUUUGUUUCUGAGUGUUUAAUUACUACCAGUAAUUUGUCUUUGUUUCUGAGUGUUGAAUUACUACCAGUAAUUUGUCUUUGUUUCUGAGUGUUUUUUAUUAACUACCAGUAACGUGUCUUUGUUUAUCUGUCUGUAUUUGCUUAUUUGUUUUGCGAACAGCUGACUGGUUUUCAGUUGUUUUCUGGGUCUGCAAUGGUGACGGUAUUGCAGCUACAUUGAUUUAAAACUUCAAGGACAAAGUAUUUCCCCUCUUAAGACAUUGAAAUGACAUGCAUUUGUGCCUUAAAGUUUAUAUUCAAACAUGGUGAUAUAUGUGCAUCGCUUUAAUUUUGUGCUAAUUUUGUGCUGUACUAGCUAACGCAAGCCUUUAGCUAAACAGUUGAUUUGGACAAUGAUAUGUUUCUGAGGGUAUUUGCAUAACCAUUUGGACUCGAACCUCCCCACCCCAUUGGACCAACCUACUCUGGGUACUGAACCUCCCCACCCCAUUGGACCAACCUACUGUGGGUACUGAACCUCCUCACCCCAUUGGACCAACCUACUCUGGGUACUGAACCUCCCCACCCCAUUGGACCAACCUACUGUGUGUACAGAGAGAACUCCCCAUUAGAGUUUCUCACAUACAACAGUAUGUCUUGCCCCAUUUAAGAAUUCUUAAUCAUAUCCUAAGCAUUCUCAUUACCGCCAAUACUUCUGCUCUCCUACUUUUUGGGGGGUUGAGGUUUUGUAUGUGGUCCCCCCCCCCCCUGUUGAUACUGGAUGUUUUUCUGUUUUUAAAGCAUCACAAGGAUUUUCACUGUAAAAUGAAAGGACUGUGACAAAAAAUUGUUUGUUUCAGAGUAAAUUAACUAUUUAGGAGGAAAAAUAAAGUAAAUUAUUGUUUUUGAUGCCUUUAUCUUGGGAGUUUAAACGUUUAAAUAGAAUACUGUAUGUUUUAAUAACAUUUUUGAAAAUGGAUCGGUUUAUGGGCUUGAGUCAGAGUCCUUCAGUAAUGUUCUUUAUCAAAGGGUAAACCUGGACUGUUGAGGUUUAUGGCGUAAGAUAACUGAAGUAGAGAACAUUUCCCUGUAUGUGGCAAAUACUGUCAAAGUAUAAUUGUUGGUGGAGUUUAAACUGGUGAGUAGGGUUUAGUGAGGUACUGGGCCGCUUUGUUUGGUCUAUCCAGACUGUCCUGUACUGUAGGACUGUGAUUUACAUUUUUGGUUUUUAUGCUACAUUUGAAUCCGAAGCUAAUAUUUUCUGUUACUUCAGAGCAUUGAACUACUCUUAUAUGUUCAAUAAAUAUGUUCUCCAGUUCGCUUGAA